AUGCGGAAUGUUUUAUCGGGCUUGCGUGGGAAUGGUAACGAGAGGUGUCCUCGGUGUGGAGACCGAGUGUACCAUGCUGAACAGCGAGUGGCAGAGGGCAGGCGGUACCAUCCGACUUGCUACACCUGCAGAGUUUGCGGGUGCUCCCUGAACGCCACGAAUGUGGCGUCCAGUCCGGACGAGAUUUACUGCACCACCUGCUAUGGCAGGGUCAGGGGACCACGAGGAUAUGGGUUCGGACUGGGCAAAGGAGUGCUCUCCAUGACCCUGACUAGCCUGCAG